UAGCAUGUGGUGAUUCAGCUUUUAUUAUUCCAACAGUUACACCAAGUUGAUGAAUGUUCAUCAUAAAAUACACAGUGAUGAGCGACCCUCUCUGUGUGACACAUGUGGAAAGUGUUUUAAAAGUGCCAAACAGUUGCGCAAUCAUAAGGCUCUGCACAUGAAAAAAUCACCUUAUCAGCAUCAGUGUGAGAUAUGCCUGAGGCCGUUUUCGGAGAAGCGAAUGUUGCACAACCACCAAGAAUCAGUUCAUAAGAAAGUGAAACCCUUUCUGUGCAAUUACUGUGGCUAUUCCACUGCUUCCAGAUCAACUCUCAAAAUGCACAUGAGGCAACACACAGGUGAGAAGCCAUUUGCUUGUGAAAAAUGCAAGUACUGCACCUCUGAUCACAAUUCUUUGCGACGCCACAAGAUGCAGCACACUGGGGUACGACCUUAUCGGUGUCCAUACUGUGACUAUGCCUCAAUACAGUCUACUACAUUCAAGGUCCAUCUUAAGGAUAAACAUCCUGCUUUAGCCCAACUAGAUGGCAUAAUGUUUACUUGUGGGAUGUGCUCCUUCAAGACAGUUAAGAGAGACAAUUACCUAGCACAUAUUGCUGAGCACAGAAGAGGUGAGAAUAAGAAGCAAUGUCAGGUGAUGUCACCAACUAAAGUUAGCAAAACUGAAGCACCACAGGCCAUUUUAAGUGACAUGGCACCACCAGCUCCACAUGUGGUUAAUAUUGAUGUGGAUAGUGGGGCUGUUACAGUGGAAAGUCCAGUCAACACAGAUUUUAUUAAUAAUGUAAAUGUACAGGCUCCAGUCCCAGGUCAAGUGAUAUUAGCUGGGGAACAGUAUAUCUAUGCUGCUGUUGACUCCUCCAUGUUGUCUCAGGUGAGAUCCAGUGAAGGCGUUGUUCAGUUGACUCAGGGCAUGGUUGGCAUACCCAUUUCAAUACCUCUCGAGUCCUCUGCUGGUUCAUCACUUCAGGGACUAGUUUAUGUUGCCACCAGCGUUCAGGGAGGACAGUGAUUUUUGUAUAAGUAUCAGCAACUAUUUCAUUAAAUGAUGACUAUAGAAGAGCAGCUGUUACAACACAGUGUGGUGUGCUGCAGUCCUUUCACAUGGAUGGUAAGAGGAAGGAAGGCUGUGAAUUCUGUAAUGAAAAUUAAUUUUUUUUUUUAAGUUUUGAAUUUAAAUAAUAUAUUCAGAAAUAAUAGGUAUUGUCUUAUAAAAAUGAAUGGGGAAAAUUAUAGCAUUUUGCAUCUAACAUCAGAUUCUUCACCCUUGUUAUGUACAGGAAUUUUAUACACACACAUGAAGUGUACAUAUUUCUUUAAUUUGAUUAGAGGAAUUUUAUAUACUAUAUUUAUGUUCUUAGAUAAUUUGUAUUCUGUAUUUAUCCUCACUGGAAACACCACAGUAUUUUGAUCACUGCACAUAUGUACUGUGGUCAGUGUGCAAACCCCAUGGUUGGUGUGCAAAUCCCAUGGUUAGUGUACAAAUAUGUAUAAUCCCUAUAGGAAUGCUAUGGUUAUUAUAUAUUCAUUGUGUCUUGUGAAAUAUGCCUAACCUGUCUCUCAAGUUUGCAAGCAGAAUAACAUUAGUGGCAAACAGUGGAAUAAUCUUCAUGAAUUGAAACAAGGUAUUCUUUAAAUCACUGUAUAACACACUACACAUAAGAGUAAUCCUUAAAUAUGUAGCACCAGCAUGGAACCCACACCUUGCCAAAUAGUGUUGAAGGUACUGGAAAUGUUCUUACAGACUGAUAGGAGGAAAAGAGGAGAUCUGGAGUCUACCUGGAGGGUAUUUUGGGGAUCAACACCCCCAUGGCCCAGUCCAUGACCAGGCCAUGGGGGUGUUGCUCUUCCUGUUGAUCAGGGCCUUAUCAACAGGAAGAGCAAGAGGCCAUAGUUUUGAACAUUGGAAAAUUAUUAAAUUAUAUGAUAAAUCUCAAAGAUGAGACACCAUGAGCUUAGCUCUGCUCACAUAGCUAUAAGCUAGUUAUUACACAAAGCUCAAAAUGAGAGAGUUUGCAGCCACACUAAUACUGGAUCUCACAGGCAAAACUGUCAGGAAAAUCUGAGCAAAGCUGACUUCAUGAUGGGAGGAAUGUAUGCAGAUCAAAAGAAGAGAUGGUCUCGACAAUCUUAAAAAGGAUAAACUAUUUGACUUGGGAAGGUUAACUGAAGAUGGACACUGAAAAAGAUGAACUCUCUGAUAAGGAAGAGUUGGUUAAAACUGUUAGCAGUAUGAGUUGUUGUGUAAUGUUUCCAUUGUACAAUCAUCAUGGGUUAUGUAUUUCAAUAAGCAUAAUGUUAUCCAGGCUGUCAAAAAUUUUUGUUUUGAAGGCAAAAUGGUGCAGCUAAGAAACAAAGUUUCUUACCAAAAUCAUGAAAUGACUGCCUCAAAGGCAUGAAGCUGUUUCAUUGCUUUAAAAAUUAUCAAGUGGUCUCCAAAUCCUGUAUAUUGUCCAGUGUUCAGUUAGGCUAUAGAAUCUUUAAUGUCAUUGGGUUAUGCUGUAUACUAAUGUAUUUUCAUACAUGGUGGAAUUUACAUGCUAAGAUACUAUCUACUUCCCUUUCCCUAAGAUGUAACUUACAACAAUUUACUGCUAAGUGAACUGGGGCAAGCAUGUGUAAGAAUAUUUGAGCAUUGUAAGCUUUUAUUGGUACAGAACUCUCACACAAUUCCACAUUCCAUAUAUAAUUUCCUCCCUUUAUUUUAGAUCAAAAAUAAAAUCCCUUUGUAACCAAAUGGGCUGGGACCAAGCAAGUUCUGGAUUUAGAUGUGUUUUCUCCAGAGAUACAGAAGAGUGCACUUGCAACACACAGUAAGAAAGCUUACUGAUCCAUUAGUGAAGUAAAUGUUGAAUAUUCACUUCCAAAGUGCUUCCUAAAACCUAGUAAUCACUUGUCAUCUACCAUUGUUUAUGUUGCUCUCAUUACAGUAUAAUUUCAUCUGCAUUAACCCUUCAAAGGCCAUUGGGCUAAAAAUAAAAUUUUCUUGUAUGAUCCAUUAAAUUUAAAAAAAAAAAAUCCUUAAAGAGAUCAUUUUCCUGGUGGUAAUAAAUAGAAGAGGUGCAGAGUUAAUAAAAGUAUUAUCCAAAGGGUUGAGGUAGUUUGGAGAUUUAGAGAAAAUGGAACAAAAUGGGGUGACAUGGAGGGUGUAUAAAUCUGUAGUGGAGGGAAGGAGGGGUAAGGAUUGCCCUAGGAAAGGUUGGAGGGAGGGGGUAAAGGAGUUUUUGUGUACAAAGGGCAUGGACAUCCAGCAGGGGUGUGUGAGUGUGUUGGAUAAGAGUGAGUGGAGGUAAAUGGUUUUUGGGACUUGAUCUGUUGGAAUGUGAGCAAGUAACAUUUUGUGAUGAAAUUUAGGGAAACCAUUUAGCUGGACUUUAGUCAUUGAGGUGCGAAAUACAGUGCCUGCACUCUGAAGGAAGAGUGGUGAUAUUUGCAGUUUGCACAGGCAUCUGAACUGUAUUAUGUAUUAGUAUGCCUUUGGUAAGACAGUAAUGGAGUAAAUGAUGGUGAAAGUGUAUUUUUUGGGAUCAUCCUUCCUCUGUGGGAGAUGGUCAGUGUGUUAAAAACAAAAUAAUUACAUAGCUGCAAAGUUGGCAUUUUGUGUACCCAGCAUAGGAACAUCGGGUCCUGCCGUUCUGUGCAUAAUAAUGUAAAUAUUGACUUUUAAACUUUUUCUUCAAUUUAUAUAUUCUUUUUGCUUUAUUUCCACCAAUAUUGAGCAAAACUAUAAUCAUUAUGGACACUGGUAGUUAUUUUCAUGUAAAAACAGUGAUUCAGAUUUUUUUUUUUUUUAACAUGUCGACCGUUUCCCACUGAGACAGGGUGACCCAAAAAAAAAAAAGAAAGAAAAAACUUUCAUCAUCAUUCAACACUUUCACCAUCACUCAUACAUAAUGACUGUCUUUGCAGAGGCACUCAGAUACGACAGUUUAGAUGUCCCUCCAAACUGCCAGUACCCUAAGCCCCUUCUUUAAAUUGCAGGCAAUAUACUUCCCAUUUCUAGGACUUAAGUCUGGUUAACCAGUUUCCCUGAAUCCCUUCACAAAACAUUACCCUGCUCACACUCCAUCAACUUGUCAGGUCCCUAAAUCCAUUCGUCUCCAGUCCUGUCUAACACGCUCACAAACACUUGCUGGAAGUCCAAGCCUCUCACCCACAAAACCUCCUUUAUCCCCCUCCCUCUAACCUUUUUGGGGAUGACCCCUACCCUGCCUACCUUCCCCAAUAGAUUUGAACACCCUCCAAGUCAUCCUAUUUUGUUCCAUCCUCUCUAAAUGACCAAACUGUCUCAGCAACCCCUCCUCAGCCAUUUGAAUAAUGUUUUUAGUAAUAUUACUUAUGGGUCAGUAAACAUAAGUAAACUUAUGCCUGGGAGGACCACUAGCCCCAGAGGGAUGGUCUGGGGUCAUCAAUGUUUUCAUCACUUGUAUGCUUUGCUCUAGUGUCACCAUCAGCAACUUUAUUCUCAUAACUAUAAAUAUUCUCAAUAUUGUCACUUUCCAUAGCGUCAUUUAUGUUUGGGGAAUAAAAUGACAUCAAUUUUCUUUGGAGUGAGUGUAGCACACCGCAUUUCAUUGUAAACGUAAGACAGAGCAACGUGUGGUUCCACAAUGCCCUUGGCAUGCAGGGAUUGUUUCUCAGUUGUUCACACCUACUGUGCACACCCAUUCUUUAUUGUGUAGGCCACUUGUGCUCCUUGCGCCAAACUUGAAGAUAGUAGGCAUAUGACAAAUUUGCGUUGUCGACACUUUAAGGGUUAAAUGUUGUUUCAGCUGUCUGGUAAUGUUCCUAAUAUAAUUCCUCUGAAGGAGUGGGGUGCCUUGAUGCUGGUGAAAGGCUCUUUAUCCAAGGAAUUGAAGCUAUUCUCUUCUUCCUUGGAUUAAACCAGUUUACCUCCUAGUCUCCAGGCACUAGCUUCUUUGGGUUUAGUGCUUUCUCACAGAUAAAAUACUUAUUAUAAAUUAGUUUUGCCAAAGUGUCAACAUACUUGGCAGCACUUUCAGUUAUCAGGAUACUUGUCUCUUACAAUAGUAAGCUUGCAAAUACCAUCUCUUUUCUGUAUGAUGAUUACACCAGUCAUUAGAAAAUGGAAAUAAUUCAUUAUUAUUCAAAAGACUAUUAAACUGGCCUUAUUUAUAAUAUGUGGUCCAGAAAGUAGCUGACUCUCACUGCACUGUUGUUUGAGUUACAAUAAAAGAACUUUGUCUAACUCUGGGACAUUAGAUUUUCUUAAAUUCUUUCAUUUUGCAGUAUGGUACCAUUGUUAGACUCUCAGAGUAUA